AUGACGUCAGUACCCGCCGCCGCGAUGGAGGAAGAAGACGCUGGACGACGACCAAACCCCAACACCCCCGAAGCCAACUGGGCGCUUAUUGAAGACCUCUUCCCCAGCGGUUUCAACAGACUUGAUGUUCCUUCGCGUCGCUACCGUGGCUAUGCCAGCGACGCGUCAACCUAUGGAGGCAGCGAGGCAGCUGGCGAGGGAGAUCGAGCCCUCAGCUUUGAUACGAUGAGCAGCACCUCCGAGACACCAUCCCUCCUCACUCCACCUCUUACCAAUACCGAUGAUGAAGACUUUGAGGAAGUUGAGGACGAGGAUGAGUACGAGGGAGAUGAAGAGAGCAGUAUCGCUACUCCCUCGGGCUGGGGCUCUACCCAAGGCUCCAUCGACAACGAAUACGACCAAGAUAUAUAUGAACAUGAGGAGAGUGGAGACGAAGGAAGAAGAAUCUACUCGCGUCUCGUAGUACUGCAACAUGGUGACUACGAAGCCUUCAGUGAAGAGUCUGCUCUUUUUGAUCACCCUGAUAUUUUUGAACACCCUGAUGCCCAAGAAUCCUAUCUUUAUGACGAGGAGAUGCCCCGAGAGAGGAAUGCAGAGGCUCCAUCAGCUACUUCUCCAGAGAAUGCGCCAUCCUCCGGUGGGCUAACCAAAAGACAAGCAGAUAUCUUGAUAGAAGCUAUCGGGACGAUGACCCAUCAAAAUGAGGUAAUCUCAGCCCUGACUUGUUUGUCUCGAUCUCGCCCUGCCUACACGCAGCCAGAUACUAUACCACGCCAGGCGGAGCCCAGAAAGGAGGAAGAACCACAAAAGGAAGACCCCAAAAUGGAAGAACAACAGAACUCCCCAACUGAAUACCUCAAAAAUAAACUCAGAUUAAUCAUGGAGGAGCAUCCGGGCAUCUAUCCUGUAUUAGUAGCACUGCUUAUUGUGUCUGCUCUCGCAACAAUCUUGAUGCUCCCAUUUGCUGGCUACAUCUUUGGACUGUCCUCCCAGGUCCAAGUGGGUGCGGUCACAGGCAGAGUGCAGACCAUUAUCACUCCCGUUGCUACACCAGUCAUGUGUGCGAAACCUCCGGUCCUCUCGACUUCUCCAGAGGGAGUACAGUACCUCGAGUCUCAUUCCCGUGCCGCACAGAAUAUGGACGACUUCAUCUCGCAGCUAACCUGCGCCAAAGCCCAGAGUAUGAAUGAAUCAGAUGACGUCCAGGUCCAUGUCGUCGGGGACCACCACGCGAUUGUCCGGCUGCCAAACCGCCUAGUGUCAGUGAGGGAUGGAAACAGGUUCGAUAUCAAGGUGACUCGAGACGACAAUAGCCUCCACUUUGACCUCUAUAAGCUGUUUGACGGCAUCUUCACCCUUCGACUUGCCCCCGAGGAUGCUUAUGGCCCGAUGAACGUUACUGUUUCCGCGCUGUCAAAGCCAAAAUUGACCAAGGUCACCGGUAUUGACUUUGGCACCCCCUGGCUGAAAAUAGCUAGCUGGAAGAAAGCUACCCAGUCUCUGUCCCAGGCACUUCGUAAAGACCUGGCCGAUGCCCAGACUGGACUCUCAAGGGUAUACAUCAAACUAACCUUCGACUUUCGGAACCUGUAUAGUGCAUGGACAGCUAAUACUAACAACACCGCUGCUGACACUAACGCCAACAUCAGCGAGACUCUUGACCGUGCUGCCAACCGUGCAAGAAACGCCGUAGCCAAAUCCAAGCUCGCUUCGGAUUGUAUCCUCAACAACGGGAGAAAAUCCCUACGCCUGUCCUCUGAAAAGUUAAGGGCAAGAGCAAAACGUGUCCGGCAAAAGGUCAAGACAUCUGUAUCUUCCAUGAUGUCGGCUGCACAAGAGAGGGCAUGGAAUCUGCAAACUCCCGCCUUUAAUUUCGAUCUGAAGACCAGGCUCCGAAACUUCCGAAGAGGCCCUACGUCUUCCACUUGA